AUGGAAAAGGCUAGUUUUUCAUAUAGCUGCGUUAACAAAUCAAUUUGCUCUAAUAACACGGUACAAACGGAAAAUAUAACCGAAGGGAAUAAUACGGUUUUAAAUCCGACCGUUUUUAGACCGGUUGUUUAUUGCGAACCUGCUUUUUGGUGUGCCAUAUCAUAUUACGAAUUUAAUAAUCGCGUGGGUGAAACAUUUCACGCAUCACAACCUUCGGUUACAAUCGAUGGUUUCACCGAUCCCAGCAAUUCGGAAAGAUUUUGCGUUGGAUUAUUAUCAAACGUUAAAAGGAGUCUCGCGGUGGAGAAAACGAGGAGUGCAAUCGGUAAAGGAGUUAGAUUGUAUUACAUUGGAGGAGAUGUUUAUGCAGAAUGUUUGAGUGAAAGCGCAGUUUUCAUACAGAGUCCAAAUUGCAAUCACAGACACGGAUGGCAUCCUGCCACAGUCUGCAAAGUACCAACAGGUUGCAAUUUGAAAAUAUUCAACUGUCAAGAUUUUGCAACACAAUUAAAUCAAAGCAUAACGCAAGGUUUCGAAGCUGUUUAUCAAAUGACAAGAAUGUGUACGACAAGAAUGAGUUUUGUCAAAGGAUGGGGUGCUGAAUAUAAACGACAAACCAUAACAUCAACUCCAUGUUGGAUCGAAAUACACUUGAAUGGUCCUCUCCAAUGGCUCGAUAGAGUUUUAACCCAAAUGGGUUCACCCAUAUUUCCCUGUAGCUCGAUGAGUUAA